AUGCACUGUCUUAAGCGAACUCACUUGGAAAUUGUUCGUCAACUUUUAAGAUAUGUUAAAGCUACCCUUGGUUAUAGCAUAUUCUUUAAGAAAUGUGGAGAUUGUAAUCUGGUUGGCUAUUGUGAUGCAGACUAUGCCGGUGAUCAUGAUACUCGGAGAUCUACCACCGGUUAUGUGUUCAUGCUAGGCGGUGGGGCUGUCUCGUGGUGCAGCAAAAGACAACAAACACUGUCAUUCUCAACUACUGAAGCGGAAUACCGAGCUGCAUCAAUGGCAGCCCAGGAAUGCACAUGGCUUAGGCAACGGUUAAGUGAUCCUGUCCAACCUGUCAAAUAUGUUGUUCCCUUGUAUUGGGACAAUCAUUCAAUAAUAUAUAUGACAGAGAAUCCAAUUUUUCACGCAAGAACAAAGCAUGUCGUUGUCCGGUAUCACUUCAUUUGGGAGAAGGUUUGCAAGAAGAAAUUGGCAUGCAACCCAUUGGAACCGAAGAUCAAAUUGCAGAUUUGUUCACCUAAUGGUUGA